AUGAAAUUUUCAACAGGAAUUAGUCAACAGAUAUCUUCAAAUUUUGUAACAUUAAACUGGAUUUUAGUUCUUGCAACUAUUUUCUUUGUUUGUUGUUCUUGUAUUCAUUCAAAACCAACUGAUUUUGAACAAUUAACUGAACAUCAAGUGAUCGAUAACAUCUAUCCAGCAAUCCUAAUUACUGAUGAUAUUGUUGAACGAGCAGCACCACGUCUUGGUCGUGCUUCACCUCGUCUUGGUCGUGCAUCACCACGUCUGGGACGACAUGCAUCAGUUUCACGUUUAAAUCAUGCUGGCCGAUACUACAUUGGUGACGAUGAUGCAAUGUAUGAUAGUCCUCUUGAAUUCGAUUCUUCUAUAGAUGGGAAACGAGCAGCGCCACGACUUGGCCGUUCAAUUUAA